UGCGCGCCGCCCCCGUUCUGGGGGCCUUGGAAGCGCCGGCGCUGGCAGGUGCGGAGCUGGGGCGUGCAGUGAGUCCCGGUCCGGACGGCCGCCCCGCGCCGUGCCCAGGGGGCAGUCAGGGCUCAGCCUCCAGGCGCGCGGCCUCAGGCGCCGGUGUUCCGGGGCGGUCCCUGCCAGCCUGAGGGGCGGCGGUAGCUGUCUCUGUGGAGGAGCGACGUCUGUAACGAGGUCUUUUUAACAAAAUUUGCUGCUUUAAAGCAGAAACCGAGCGGGUGAGGACGUAAAGUGUGGCAUAGAAAGUAGGAUUUUCUUCUGUUGAAUCUUGUUAUGCUGGAGUUUGAGACUACCGAGUUCUUCCUGCUAACAACAGGACGGGCCAGUUCUACAAAGUUGUUGCUUUUUAUGGGCGCAUGUAACUGCCCGGAGUGGAAGCGCUAAAUAAAUCAGAAUGAGUUAUGCAGAAAAACCCGAUGAAAUCACGAAAGAUGAGUGGAUGGAAAAACUCAAUAACUUGCACGUCCAGAGAGCAGACAUGAACCGCCUCAUCAUGAACUACCUGGUCACAGAGGGCUUUAAGGAAGCAGCGGAGAAGUUCCGAAUGGAAUCUGGGAUUGAACCUAGUGUGGAUCUGGAAACACUUGAUGAACGAAUCAAGAUCCGGGAGAUGAUACUGAAAGGUCAGAUUCAGGAGGCCAUCGCCUUGAUCAACAGCCUCCACCCAGAGCUCUUGGACACAAACCGAUAUCUUUACUUCCAUUUGCAGCAACAGCAUUUGAUCGAGCUGAUCCGCCAGCGGGAGACAGAGGCAGCACUGGAGUUUGCGCAGACUCAGCUGGCGGAGCAGGGCGAGGAGAGUCGAGAGUGCCUCACAGAGAUGGAGCGUACCCUGGCGCUGCUGGCCUUUGACAGUCCCGAGGAGUCACCCUUCGGAGACCUCCUCCACACCAUGCAGAGGCAGAAGGUGUGGAGUGAAGUUAACCAAGCUGUCCUAGAUUAUGAAAAUCGCGAGUCAACACCCAAACUGGCAAAAUUACUGAAACUACUACUUUGGGCUCAGAAUGAGCUGGACCAGAAGAAAGUAAAAUAUCCCAAAAUGACAGACCUCAGCAAGGGCGUGAUCGAGGAGCCCAAGUAACGCCUGCGCUUGUGUGGUGGACCCAGCACCACCCCUGCGUCGUGGGACUUGCCUCAGAUCAGCCUGCGACUGCAAGAUUCUCACUGCAGUAGAGAACUCUUUUUCUCCCUUGUACUUUUUUUUGACCUGGCAUCUUUUUUAUAGGGAAAAAUGGCCUUUGUAGGCAGUGGAAAACUUGCAAGGAAAGCUGCCGUCUCUUUGGCAGUCUGAUGCAGAGCCUGCACUCUGGCACUCGCUGAAGAAUCUGGAAGGCUGUGGUUUGCUCUUCCAGCGUUCCGGGGGCCUAUGACUGCUGAAGGAUUUGGUGGGCCACGGAGGGCUGUGCUGUUAGGCUGCAUCCCACUCAAAAUACAGGAAAAGCACGAAUCAUGAUUCUGCUUUCUGUUAGCUUAGGCAGACAUUGGGCCUUCACCUACAAAUUUUUCCUUACCCCAGUGGUUUUGUGUGUGUGUUUUUUUUCUUCCAUAGAAAAGAAUAUAUAAAUUUGUAAAUCCUAAUUCAAAGACGGCUUGUGUGUGAGGGCAUUGAGUUUGAUUUGUUUUCCCUUUGGUCUGGGUUGUGUGGCUUUUGGGAGAUGCGUGUGAGGGGACUAUGUGGUUUUUAGUUUUUUAAAUGUAUAUUUUGGUGCUGUGUAUGGUGAGAGACUUGUUCAUAGUGGAUCAAUGAACCAUCUCUUCUGGGCAGUUUUGUUGAAAAUAAAGGUUUCUCUUUGAUUUCAAGAAUGACCAAAAUGGCCUCUAAAAGGUGUUAAUCAUCUCAAAUGACCUUUUGUCUUUGGGGCAUUCUUCUCCCUGUGUUAGUGGCAGUGGCUUUUUCUGGUACCUGCAGCUAAAAAGGCCACUUGGCCCUGUGCUGAGUGAGCAGCCUUCAUUAGAACGAGGCAGCCCUUGGGCAGUGGGGACGCAGGGCCCCAGCUGGUGGUGUGCGACUGUUGGCGGAAGGAACGCAUGUUCAGCCUCAGUGAUCUGCCCUUCAGCAUCUCGGCAGCAUCUCAUCUUCCAUUGUCAGCCGGCUCUGUGGAUGUCCUGCUUCUGUUCACUCACAGAACUGUCCCCUGCUCCAUGGUGGGCAGGAGGGAAGUGGUGCAGGGCUGUGUGCAUUGCCUGUGAGUCGGGACAGUUGAUGGGCGCAUGGCCAUGUAGCUCUGGGCGCAGAUGUGUUUGGAUUCGUUGCAGCGGACCACGGGCACUGUUGACCCCACUGAGCAGUGCUAAGUGUUGGUUUUGUGGAUGUUCAUGGAAUUGCUGACCCAUCCAAGGGCGUCCUUUGGAGCCAGUGCAGCCUGCAGGUGCAUCUGAGGGGCGAAAUGCUGCUAGCACUUGAAUCUGGGAUCUUGCCUUAUUUUCAAGGAGCAAGGCAUCUUGACAAGCACAGUCUGGGUGUGGUGGCCAGCUGGCCAGUGCCUGAGCCGGUCAGGUCAGCUGCCUCUGAGGGACCAUCCUCACUCCUCACUGAGCUCCUGCGUCCCUUGAGUGUUGAUCACGAGGUGUCCACAGCAUUGUUCUCAUCUCUGAAUGAUGCUGCCUUCUCCGUUGAAGCCUGUCGAAGUUGUGUUUUCAAGCCCUCUACUUCUCUUUCCAGUAGGUAGGAGCUUUUGGCAGUAUUUACUUUUACCUAGAUGGCUUGUGUAAUCCAGUAAGAGAUGCAAAGGUAAAAUUGCUGCAGUUGUUACAGAAACUUGGUGGCCUCCAGACUGACUCAUUGGCUGCCCUUUGGAUUUUGUGAGGAUGCAGUGCUGGGGAGGUGGUGCUUCCCUACCCCCUAGAAAUGCUGCCUUCCAACGACCGCUCUCCCAGAUGUGACCUUCACAAUUAUUUCCUCUGAGGUUUGAGGAUGAAGAUAAGUUGGAGAGAAAGAGAGUAACUAAUAGGUGAUGAAAUAUAGCGGAAGCUAGAAGAAAACUGUUAGGUGAGAGAGAUACAUCUGCAUGUUUUCUUCAACAACAGCAGAUGAUUCAGCAUAUUCCUAAUUACCUUUUACUAUUCGUGUAUAUAAGAUAAUUUACUUGCAUAAUAUAUAAUCAAUUUGAUAUAUUCUUAAAACUAGAGGGUGUGAGAAGCACAGCAAUGGGAAGUCUCUCCACAAACUGGGGGACACGAAUGGGGUCAUCACAUGCCUGGACUGUCACUCUGUGGCUGUCAGGUGAAGUGCUGGUGUUGAUUUCCGGUUCAGCCAGUGGGUAGCUGAUACGCCGGUGCCAGCAUCCAGCGUGAGCAGACAUUGGGGAGACUGGGAAGUCUCCGAAGUUACUGCCGUCCUUCCCUUCGUGUGAGGGGCCACACCUGAUUUUCUCGCGAUCUGUUAGUGGACUGGAGAUCUUCCAAGGAAGUGCUUUGCACGCUUUCUCUCUUUGCUCCUUUUUACAGUCUUUGUCUUUGCAGCAAGCAAAUGAAAUUAAGCCACUUUGGGAUAAUGAGCAUUCAGUAUAAUUCCACUUUGUCUCAUUUUUACUUGGUCUCAUUUUGGAUCUCACUGUUGUGUUUAUAAAAAUGUAGUCACAUUUUACAGAGUAGUUUAUUCUUUUCAUACUUUAUGGUGGAGAGUGCCUUGAAUAAAAAUGUGAGAAUAUUCUGGUACUCUGUGUUCCUGAUGCAUGAAGUUGGGUGAGGAAUAACCCCUAGUCUGGAAUCUUUGUGACGCAUAGGGUUAUUGCAAGGCAAAUGGGAACUAACAGAUCUUGCCAUUUGAAUCAGGGUCUCCGGUUUCUAGAAAAGGCAGACACAGGUUGGGACCAAAGUCUCCAUGGUGCGUGACUGAAGGCUGGUGGUCGUGUGUGUGAGGAGUCCCCGGAAGCCUCGGGGAGGCGGAGCUGCUCUUUCCAUUCCGUCAGGAUAUGAUCUGAAAACAUGUAGAGAAAGAUGAGUUGAGGACAGCUUUUCUAAGGCCAUGUGAUGUCUUUGCUUUCUUGUUUCUAUUUCUGUAUGUUGUUAGUUUGGAAGAGUGGAGGAGCUAGGGGCUCCAGAAAGAAUCUUACACGUGUUGAAGACAUCGAUGUCCUAGGGAGCGUGGAGCUGCAUUCCCUUCUGGGCUAUUACUGCUAAAUCUGAGUGUGAACAGACCGGGCGGAAAGCAUGGUGGCCAAGCGGUCUGUGUGCUUCCCCGCUGAUGGAGAACGUUGCGUUGUUCACAACAGGGCCUCACGGGUGUGGACGCACAGCAGACCCAUGGCUGGUGCAGCUGCCUGUUGCCAUCUGUCUUCAGGAACUGCUGCUCUGUUGACUGUUCUAUUCUGAUACUAUGCGUGUUAUUUUUUAUAACAGGUGUGUUUUUGUUUCAGAAAUAUGUAUUGCUUUUCUCAUAUUUUUUGCAAAUUGUAUUGUCAGCAUUGGUCAUUUAAAGUCCUGUAUGAACCAUAACCUGUUGUGGUACCUUUGUACAUCUUUGAUUCUGUAUACUUUAUCCCAGUGUGGCAUAUGUGCCCCCCAGUAUCUUCUGAGAAGUGCAGAAUAGGUUGCUUCUACUGCCUGUUCUUAAUGUAACAGUAAAAGUUUUCACAUUUUUGUCAGAA